AUGGACUACGACGAAAUCCAUCCAGUUCCUGGGGGGUUCAGUUCGGAAGUCGGUGGAACAGGCAGUGGGGAACCUGAAGAAGCAGCUGUUGCACCUCCUGUGCCAGAGCAAGUCGAAGAGCAAGAACGAGAAUCUGGUGAUGAAAGUGGUGAUCCGUUUAGUACUGAUCUCCAGGCGAUCCACACUCGUCUCCAAAUGCAGAUUGUCGAGAACCUCACGACCCUUCAGACAGGUCAAGUGGAUGUCGAGAAUCGCAUGCUCACGUUUUGUGUAGCAUGCGGUGAUCCAAGGCACGCCGUGAACGAUUGCCCCAACACGCAACCCGCGAGCAUAGUUCGACAAGGCCUUGAGAUCAUGCUCAACUCUAUGCUCGACUAUCCGAAAAGGAACUCGGCGACGCGGAUGGACACUGGAUCUGGGCAACCAGGUACGCCACAACGUACUGCCAUGGACGUUGAUGACGGAGCCAGCAAUGCAUCGUCAGGACAUCGACCCCGAGCAAAGGCAAGACCUCGCCCCGGCAGGACAGUUGCUCCAAGCCAAUGGCGGCUUAUCAUGUACGACAAUCAUCAUCUUCUCGCUCAUGACAUUGGCAACCGCCGAGGCAAGUGGUUGGUAUGUGGAGUAGAGAUUUCGGAGGAAGGCCCUCAAGAUGAACAAAAGGCCUUCGACCUGAUCAAUGAACGCGCAAGUCAUCGGGAUCGUCGACUGCCGCAACGAGGAGACACCCCGAAGUACCCGGACAACUCAGCCUACAGAUGUAUGGGCGAACGUGUUCGUGGUGGAAUUGAUGAAACAUUACAUCCCUGCCCUUUGUACAAGCAGUGUGUGGUCACCUUCAGCCCCGAUCCGCUCGCGCCUCUUCUCGGCAGCACGGCUGCCUCUUUGGCUUCGCUGGAGGCCAUCAAGGCCAGAGUCACAGAAUUGCAUCUUGAGCAACUGCUGCAGCGUGAAUGCCCUUCUGGCAGAUCCGCUGAAGGGUGGCAGAAUAUCUUGAGUACCGCCCAACUUUCGCUGGAGGCGAACUUGGCUUCUCUGGAAACUACUCAACAGGUGUGGGACUUUGCCCACCGGUGUUUGAAGGACAGCCACCUCAAGGAAGUUUUCCGGUUCUUUGCAGUUGACGACGUGUGUGAAGAAGCAAUUCCUGAAGCCUUGAUCCAAACACAGUUUUUGCGACAGACGAGCGCGAGUUGUUCGAGCGAGAUUUGGAAGCUUUCAGCCGCGUUCUCCGAACUGCAGGCCCCUCCGGGCCAGCCGAUCGAUGUGCAAGGGCCCGAGCCCCGACGCACAUUUGGUGCCAAUCUUUGUUUGAACAGUUGCAAGGAGACAGAUGAGGAGCUCACAGGCCCCUCUGGAGCCACCGCCUCAGCGCACGGAAUUGGUCCUGCGCCUUUUGCACAACCAGCGCCUACGAAUCCUUUUCAGCCAACGAGCCCCGCCAAUGCUGGAACUGAGAUUGCUAUGACAGCUGCCGACCUGAGACUGCCGGCUGCUCAAGCCGCCGCGUUUGCAAGCACUGCCCAAGGUUCCCGACCUAUGGGAGUUGGAGACCUUACCAAGGUGUUGCCGAAGCCGGAUCCAUUCCGGCCCACUACGCGAGAUGAGGAAUUUGCGCAAUGGACUCAGUGGAGCUGGACGUUUGAACAGUAUUUAUCGUGCUUGGAACCUGAGUUCAGCAGUGAGCUUCGUGAUUACGGCCGGCAGCAGACAGCAGUGAUUUUGAGUUCUUUGGAUGAGAGUGCCAAGCGGCGGUCUCGGCUACUGUACGGCAUGUUGAAUGGCUUACUGUAUGAGCGUGGCCGGCGACUGCUGCGAUCUGUUCAGGAGCAGAAUGGAUUUGAGGCAUGGAGACUGCUCAGUAAAGAUCUCAUGCCAAAGACCCGCAAUCGCGUCUUAGCUUUGUUGCGCACAAUCAACAGCUGGCCGUCCUUUGCGGCUCAACAAGGUCUUGCCCAGCAACUGCUGCGCCUAGAGAGCGCCUUUGAGGAGUAUGAGCGCCUCGAGCCAGGUGGUCUUCCCGAGAACAACAAGAUGGCCACGCUCCUCAGUUGCCUGACAAGGCAGCUUCGUCAGCAUGCCAAUGUAGUCGUAUCUGAUGACAGCUCAUACAGUGACCUCCGUGAGCUUGUGCUGCGUUGGGAUGGAGCUAACACUAAGUGGCACAAGUGGCAAACCAGUGUUGCUUCGAGUUAUGGGCUGAGCGAUGGAAAGAAAGGUUUGCAUGAUACCGGCGAUGUUGCGCCGAUGGAAGUAGACCGUGUGAACGCGAAAGGCGACAAAGGCAAAGCUGGCAAAGGCAGGCCCAAAGGCAAAGGCGAUAAAGGCAAAGACGGCAAAGGCAAGGCCAAAGGCAGCAAAGGCGAUGCAGGCAAAGGCGACAAAGGCAAGGGCAAGGGAGGCAAGGACAAAGGCGGCCAUCCAAAGGGCAAUUGGCCCUCCGUGUGUAGCUGGUGCCAGAAGCCAGGGCACUACAAGAGAGAUUGCUUCCAGCUCAAGGCCUACAUGCAAGGCCAUCAGAAAGGUGCCCGGCAGGUUCAGGCCAACUCUUCUGCAGCGUCCGAUGCCGGCACGAGCACGACUGCCCCUUCUUCCGCGAGUGCCCUUCAAGCCCAGCAAGGCAAGGCAGGACAGUCCACCGUUCGCCGCGUUGCGGCUGAGCCACUUCUUUUCGACAUGUCUGACCUGGAGGAUCCGUUGCCUUAUGAGCCCAAUGUCUGUAUGGUUACUGUGAUUGCGCCACAGAGUUAUGCUAUGGAUGCCCAGGGUGAUGAUGGCCAGUGGACUCUGCCUCCCGAUGACUAUGCUGUGCUUGACUUGGUGCCCUUGAUGUUCAAAGGUUACUCUUUGGCAGUGAAUGCACAGAUUUGCCGUGUAGAGCGUGAGGAGCCAGACUUGAUGCACUACAAUCCAGGUGCAGGUGAGGUCAACAACCACUCCGAUGAUGAAGCGAGCGAGGGUGAGCUCCACGCAGGACUUCGACAGUCCGAUAGCCAACAGGUCCGUGAUGCCAACAGCCAACAGCAGGUCCGUGAUGCCAACAGCCAACAGGUUCGUGAUGCCGACAGCCAACAGGUUCGUGAUGCCGACAGCCAACAGGUCCGUGAUGCCGACAGCCAACAGGUCCGUGAUGCCGACAGCCAACAGGUCUGUGAUGCCGCAUGCAGUCAGUCCCAGCUUCAGGUCACAGGUGAGGUCCGUGAAGUGUGCCCCAGCAAGUUGCAUGUUGCGUCCAUUCAGGUGCGUUUUGAGGCCAAGACACUUGAGUCUCUCGAUUUCGGAUGGCAAGUCAGUUCGUCUGGGCACCUGGUGUGGAGAGGUCGCGCAAGUAGGUUCGUGGGUCCGAGUUUCAUGGCGCCGAUCGGUUGGCCUCUCAGGAGCACACUCAUUUGCCGCAGUGGGACAUGGUUUCUGCUUGAACACUGCGUGCCGUGGGCUGACUUGAAGGAGGUUGAAGCAGUUCUGCCCGGAGGUCAGGUUGCCGAGGUUAUUUCAUUUUUGCACGUGCAGGUUGAGCCCGUGUCUGAGAUAGGUGUGCAGCUCCCUGCAGGCAUGACCGAACCGCAAGGUCUGCCAGAACCAGAUUUUUAUCAUUUUCGAGCAGAGACUGAGCAAGCGCCUGUCGGGACAGUUGAGCAUGAUCGUGUGGUACUUGAAGAUGAGGCUAUGCAAGGCCUAGAGGAUGCAGCUGGACAAUCGAGCCCAGCGCCAAUGGCACUGCCCGACCAGUUGGAAGCUGGAGUGCCAGCCGGCAAUGUCGAACCGCUGACUCUUGAUGGUGUGCUCAUGUCGCAUGACUCCAGCCUAGCUGUUUUGAAAACUGCAGCAGCCAAGCUCAACCUCAGCACGGCCGGCUCCAAGUCCCGUCUCUUCAACCGUGUCAAGGGAUAUCUUGAGAAGCAGCGUUUGGCCUUAGAGUUAGAGCUUGCUGCCGAUGCCCAGUCUUCAGGUGAGAGGCAACCGAGGGUUCAGCCGGUCGCAGCCGCCCCCGCUGAGGCGGAACGAUUCCUUCAUGAACGCACUCAUGUGCCUUUCAAGCCGUGGUGCCCACAUUGCACCAGCAUGCGGGCGAUGCCAGACCGAAGUGAGUAUUUGAAGGAGGGCCCCCGCGACAACCCGAUUAUCCAGUUUGAUUUUUCAUUUUCAGGGUACAGUGUGCCGGGUGGGAUUUGCAACCUCGAUGCUGCGCCCGAGGACUCCCAACGUGCACUCAAGUGUCUUGUGGCGCACGACAGCGCUACUGGAAUGAUUGCAGCGAUUCCAUGUGAGUCCAAAGGUGAUACAAGGUAUUUAGGCAUUGAGCUUAUGAGGUUCAUCCAAAGCCUCGGUCACACCACCGUGACCCUGAAGUGCGACAACGAGCCCUCUACUUUGACCCUGCAGCGAGCUAUCGUCACGGCUCGGCAACGGCUCGGGUUGCAGACGCUUGUGCAGAAUCCUGCUAUAGGUGCCAAAGGUUCCCUAGGCUUUUGUGAGAAGGCCAUUGACUCAGUGCGGAAGCUUGCAAACACUUUGCUUGAUCAGGCCCGUCACCGCACCGGCCUUUCACUGCCUACAACGCAUGUGCUGUUUGCCUGGGCUUUUGUGCAUAGUGCGUGGCUGCUAAACAGAUACAGAGUCAUCGGCAACAUGACAGCUUAUGAAAGGGCCUGUGGGGCUAAGUACAGUGGGCGAAUUGCGCCGUUCGCCGAACCGGUUUACUUCCAGCUUGAUGUUAAGCAGAAAGGGGACAAGCGGUGGAUGCUUGGAAUCCUGGUGAGCAAAUCCUCGCUCAACGACAUGUACAUCAUUGCUGGCAAGGAUGGAAUCCGGCUGUCACGAUCCAUCAGGCGUGUGGGCCAACCUUGGGAGCUUGAAGUUCAGCUCUAUCGUGAGCUGAAAGGCUAUCCGUGGGGCUAUGGAAGCGGUGUUAUAGGCACCAAGUUUGUCCUGUUGUGGACCCAGUCCCCUGAUGAGGCUGCGAGUGAACCACCAACACCUGCAGUUGAGGCACUUGGGAUGCCGGUUACGCCGUUGGGCAGGGCCGGAGCAAUGGCGCCUCCGAGGCGCAAUGUGCCCCCUCCUGAAAGUGCUCGAGCAAUUCCAGAUGAGAGCAUGGCUGGUGUUGAAGCUGAGCCUCCAGGGCCCAAUCCUGCUAUGAGGCCCGAUCCUCCCAGCACGCCUGAAGCUGAACUGCCACCGUUGAAGAAGCUGCGCAUUCGUGCUGUGACUUUUGGUGAGCAGUCAUACGAGGUGAAUGAUGAAGGUGAGUUUGAUUUGGAUCAGCCUGACGGCUGGGAAGUGCAGACCAAGCUUUGGUCCAUGGAGUCCGAGACGGACGACAGUUUCACGAAUGAGUUCAAGGCCGACCCCGAAGCGGAGGUGGCCGAAGAUGAUGACAGAUUGUGGUUUCCCGACAAUGGAAGGGAGCCAGAGCUCGAUGAUGCCAUUUUGGCCGAGCUUGACAACCUCGGUGACCAAGUUGAGGUCAGCAGACUGCUGAAGAAGUCUGUGCUGAGACAUGCGACGAGUGAUGAUGAUUUGGCUUCGAUGAAGAGCCUCACUACAAAGUUUGUUCGAACGUGGCGGCGCAAGAAGCGGAAUGGGAAUCCUUCGUGGUACCGCCGAUCCAGACUCUGUGCUCGGGAGUUUCGGUGGUUGGAUGAGUCCAAGGAAGGGCUAUUCAGCCCUGCUACGAGCACUGACAUUGUGCGCCUCAUCCCGGCGCAGUGGCUGGCUUGGAAACAGACGCGACCAUCUGAGCAGUACGCCAUUUUGGCGCUCGAUGUGAAAGACGCUUACCUUGAGGUUCCGCAGCCGACCCCGGUGGUUUCCAAAGUGCAAGGUCAGGACCUCGUGUUCAUGCGAAUGGUGCCGGGGCAACGUGAAGGAUCACAACAGUGGUUUUCUCACUUCUGCGAGUAUCUCGGAGAACACUUUGUGGUUGAAAAUUGCAAGGAGUGCCCUGCGGUAGUGCACGUCAGCAGCAAGCCAGGAUCUGAUGGAGUUUGUGCAGACAAGGGUCCGGGCAUGAUCCAUGUUGAUGAUUCUUUACUUCUUUUGCCGCUCCCGGGGGCCCGCGAGUGCCUUCUUCCGGUGAUUGAACAAAGGUUCCAGAUCACAUACGAGCUUGCAUACGAGGUGGGUCAUUCCUUCAGUUUCCUCAAGCGUGAGCAUACAAUUACAGAUCAGGGGAUUGUGAUUUGCCAGCCCUCUUCUUACAUUGAGCAGAUGAAGCAGACCAUGAAUGUCACGCAAAACAACCGACAGCGGGUUGACCACCCGUGA